GUUGAUGAAUUGAUAACUUUUUUGCAGAAUGUUUUAUGGACCUGGCGGGCCAUAUGCAUUAUUUGCCGGGAAAGAUGCAAGCAGAGCUCUUGCAAAGAUGUCUUUUGAGGAUAAAGACUUAACUGGUGAUAUUUCUGGUCUUGGUCCAUUUGAAUUGGAGGCUUUGCAAGAUUGGGAAUACAAGUUCAUGAGCAAGUAUGUUAAGGUCGGAACUAUCAAGAGCACAGUUCCGGUUUCAGAUGAGACCUCCACCGCCGGUGAAUCUGCAGAAACUAAACAAGGUGAUGCUGCUAAGCCUGUCGAAGGUGAUGCUGCUAAGCCUGUCCAAGAUGGUCCAUCAGAAAUUGCUGCUGUUAAAGCCGAGGAACCCCCACCUGUUAGUGAUGCUCUGGAGGAGUAAUGCUUGGUUCAACAACUCAAAAAGGAUACAAUUUCUUAUGAAAAUGCUGAAAAAGAGUAACUAUUUCUGGCUGUAUGUUUGUUUUUAAGUUUUGUUCACAUAUAAGUUUACUUUACUUUGCUAGUCUAGGAAACUUCUGCUGCGGACUUGCUUUAAUGUUUAGAUUAUCAAGAAAAUAAGUUGGGCAUAUCUUACUUUCAGUAUUCAGACUGGGAUUGGUGUAGUUUAUGUGUUUGAGGUACUCGGCGGCCAGCUAGUACUCUUAUGUGAUAAAUCAGGAGUUUGUCUUAUGGAAAUGUAUGGUAUCAUUUUCUUUC